AGAAAAAGAAAUGCGUUGGAAUCACUGUCAGCUGUCAAAUUUUUGUUGAUUGCCGGUAGUAAAUUUUUUUAAGUUGGUUGUUUAGUAAAAUGGCAGAAACUUUAACACGAUUUCCUGCAAAUCCUGUUGGAAAGGUAUUUAAAUCAUGCCCAAAUGGAGCGCUUAUAUACUCUGGCUUUCGCAGCAUAAAUUAUGUUGCCAUCUUUGAGAACCAGAACCCAACUGUGGAAUGUUUUUAUACGCGACAACCUAUUAAUGAAAUAAGCGUAGAUCCGAAGUGGCCAGUUGAUGACGGUGUAAAUUCAAGGAGAUAUUUUUCAGUUCUUUUCGAGGAUAAUAUCGUUCAAGUAUGGGACUUCGAAAAAGGAUGCCCUUUAUAUGGACACAAAGCCCAUGUCCAACAAAGUCACGUGGAGGGAAAGGGCGAUAAAUUUAAAAUUGUUUUAAUGGAUUUCAUGAGCAACUCUAAUCUCAUGACUCUUGAUUCCCAGGAUGUUAUUGUGUUAUGUUGUAGUUCACAGAAUUAUAUUAAACGGCGUAACUUUUUGAAUUUACGGUCAGACAAAUUAUUGUCAUUAAGUUGCUCACAAUUUAAUGCAAACAUUUUUGCUGUGGGAACAAUACGCGGAGUCGUAUAUGUUUGUGAUGUACAAAAAUCGGCCGUAAUUCAUGCUUUGCGAGGUCAUCGAGAAACAGCAAUUUCAUCAAUUGUUUGGCAUUGCUUUAGUCAAAAUACAUCUAAAGAACAAGAAACUGAUGAUGAUAAAGUUUUAGAUAUAUCUGUUAAUAAAGAUUUAAAUAACGAGUGCAAACAACUAGCUAAUACAAAAUCGGAUGAUAUCUUCAGUCAUUGCUUAAGUCAAAAUGCAUCUAAAAAACAAGAACCUAAUGAUGGUGAAGUUUUAGAUACACACAUAAAUAAAGAUAUAAAUAACGACUGCGUGCAACUAGCUAUUACAAAAUCGGACGAUUGCUUCAGUCAGGAAGAAGAACUAAAUAAAGAUGAACAAUGCCAAAGUUCUGAGAAAAAUAUAGCACAUAAUAAAAGUCUUUCAAGCGACGAAAGCUUAGCAACUAUUUGUAGUUCAUCAGAUGACGAAAUAGCAGUUGAGGGUGACCCAAAUUUGUUAAAAACUAAAGUUUUAUAUAAAGCUCAGGUGCAUGCAUCGUUAGGUGGUUCCGACAAAAGUAAUCAAUCAAUUGAUAAAGUUGGAAUAACACCUGAAGACACAGUUGAAGUUGAGGAACCUAAAGACAAUAUAUCAAAAUCCAAAGAGUUCGCAGAUGAAUCCGACUAUGAUUUGAUUAAAAAACAUAUUAUGUUAACUUCUGUUAGUGCAUAUAAUGGCACAUAUUGCGUUUGGAAUUUUGAAAAUGGCAAAUUGUGCGAUUCAAUUAAAACUCCUGGCCAAAUUCUUAACCCAAAAAGACAGCUUAGUGUUAAUUGGAAGAAUGAGCAUACAAUCAUAGGUAUCAGUAAAGAAGGCGAAAUUAUGUCUUGGACAUGUGAUCCUCCAACAUAUGAUGAUCAAAACUCGAAUAUCUCUUUGAAAUUUACAAAAGAUAAGCAGUUGAAUUUGAACUUUGCUGCAGACGCAAUUUGUUACGAUAAUAACAAAGAAAUAAUCUGGUGUAGAGGUGGUUCGCGUCAAAUUAUUUGUUUUGAUUUGGUCACAAAAAAAGUAUUGGCUAGUUUUAAUACUGUUUGCAACGGAAUAUAUGAUAUCAAAGAAUGCCCUGAUGAUAUGAAUAAAAUAUUAUUGGGAUUUUGUGACCACUCAUUUGGAUUAUUAGAUAUAGUAAAACUAAGUCCGACCAAUAUUAAUAUACAGUCAUUAUGUCGUGCGGAUUUAGUUGUGAAUUGCAUAACUUGGUCUCCAGAUUGUUUAAGUUUUGCUUAUGGAACAAAUGAAGGAACCGUUGGUGUUGUGAACGUUGAUAAUAAAAAGCAUAUAUUCCAAACGAAUUCAGUAGGCAACAAACCGAUUUAUACACUUGACUGGGAAACAGAAAACUGUCUUUAUAUAAAUUAUAAGGACAAGAUUGCAAUGAUGGAUUUAAAAAGCAAAACAAAAGGUACGUAAGAAAUAUAUUUCGUUAAGAA